AUGACAACAUCAACUGAAAAUAUAAAUAAAACUUAUUGGACACAUAGUAAUUAUAAUGGAGAAAUUCAAAAUGAAAGACUCGAAGGAAAUGCUAAAUUUACUUUUCCAUCUGGUACUACUUAUAUAGGUGAAUUCAAAGAUGGUGAAUUCCAUGGACAUGGUAUUCUUCAUUAUGGGAAUGGUGCUAAAUAUGAAGCUAUUUGGGAAAAAGGUGUAGCAAAAGAAGGUCAAUAUACAUUUCCGGAUGGUUUAACAUAUGACGCUAAUGAUUGGAAAUAUUGUGAUGGUUAUGAUAGACGUUUUUAUACUGAAACUCUUCAUGGUUUAAAACCAGCUGGACGAUCUCAAUUAAAAGAUAAUGAACCACCUCAAGUUAUUCCUCAUGAUUGUUAUGAUGUAGGUGAUGGAAUUUAUAAUCCAACAUCCCGUAUUGUUACUGAUUAUAAUGGAGAAUUUGUAAGAAAUGCUGAUGAUGAUGAACAUCAAUGGAUUAUUCGUACAUGUCGAAAAGGAUGGGAUGAACAUGUUGGUGGACAAAAUCCAAGACUUAAACCUGAUAUAUCGAAACUUAAGAAUUAA